ACAGGAAGUGAAUGAAUGAACGGAGUUGACAUUUGUGUGCAACACCUGUUUGCUCAUGGUACGAGGUCAGAACCACCACGCUGCCUUCGUCAAGGAGUCAUCGCUGGUUCCCUGCCCUGCUGCCAGAGCACCAUUGUGGGCCACAGCUUUCACCCUUGGAGGGGUGUGGGCAGCACUGCUGUCAGUCAGCACAUCCGCGACCUGAGUGGGCCUGAGCAGAGACUGCUGAAUAAACUGUAUGACGGACUGAUCUCAGGACAGCGGGCGUCUCUGGCCGAGUCCAUCACUCUGGUGGAGACUCAGCACCCCAGGAAGAAAGAGUUGGCCCAGGUGCUGCUGCACAGGGUGCUGGCCUAUAGGAGGGAGCAAGAGAGCCGUAAUGGAGGAAAACCAGUGGCCUUCAGAGUAGGUCUGUCUGGUCCUCCUGGAGCUGGGAAGUCCUCUUUCAUUGAGGUGGUGGGAAAGAUGUUAACAGGACGUGGACAUAAAGUGGCAGUGCUGGCUGUCGACCCCUCCUCCUGCACCACAGGAGGGUCUCUGCUGGGCGAUAAGACUCGUAUGACCGAGCUUUCCAGAGACAUGAAUGCUUUCAUCAGGCCGUCGCCAACCUCAGGAACACUCGGUGGCGUCACCCGAACAACCAACGAGGCCAUCGUUCUGUGUGAGGGGGCAGGAUAUGACAUCGUCCUGGUGGAAACUGUUGGUGUGGGUCAGUCCGAGUUUGCGGUGGCAGACAUGGUCGACAUGUUUGUGCUCCUGAUCCCACCAGCAGGUGGCGACGAACUCCAGGGUAUCAAGAGGGGCAUCAUCGAGCGGGCCGACUUGGUUGUGGUGACAAAGUCAGAUGGUGACUUGGUGGUGCCAGCCAGGAGGAUCCAGACUGAGUACACCAGCGCACUCAAGCUGCUCAGGAGGAACUCCAAGUCCUGGAAUACUAAGGUGGUGCGAGCCUCCUCACACACCUCAGAGGGCAUCACAGAGGCCUGGGCCAAGAUGGAGUCGUUCAGAGACGCCAUGUUGACCAGCGGGGAGCUGCAGGGCCGUCGGAGGGCCCAGCACAGGGUUUGGAUGUGGAGUUUGAUCCAGGAGAACGUUCUCCGUCAUUUCCAAAAUCACCCAGGCGUCAGGGAGGCUCUGCCCCGCCUAGAGGAGCGGGUCACCAGAGGAGUUCUCUCUCCGGGACUGGCUGCUGACCUGCUGCUCAAAGCUUUCUCAGAGUCUUCGAC